ACCACCUUCCACUGGCUUUACCCUCCUCGUUCUGUCAUCUGAGAGUUUCUUCAGAGGCUUAUCUUGUUCUCUGUGUGCUUAUCCACAGCAGCCUUACCAAUGCAGCAAAGGAUUGAAUACUUACAUUUAUGCUCACUUUAUUGCUAAAUAUUGCUGCCUUUUUGGAAAAGGGUUGAAAGAGAAUAAAAUCUACUGGGUGAACGUGGCGCUCGAACACUGCAGGGGGGGUCUUUUGGUGUGGAUAUUUUCUUUUUUUUUUCCCUGAGCUUAAAAGUUGCAUGCCAUGGAUCAUACUCUGUUUGGCUGCUUGCGCAGCCCCCAUGCCCCUGCACAAGGCUUACACCCUUUUUCACAGUCAGCACUUGCCCUGCAUGGAAGAUCGGACCAUGUUUCCUAUCCGGACUUGUCAACAUCUUCACCAUCAUGCAUCAUAGCUGGAUAUUCCAACGAAGAGAGCAUGUUUGCCAGUCAGCAUCACAGAGGGCACCACCAACAUCAGCAACAGCACCAGGCUUUGCAGUCCAGCUGGCACAUUCCUCAGAUGCCAACUCCUGCAACCGCAAGACACAGCCUCUGCAUUCAACCGCCAGAUUCUGGAUCGCAGGAUCUGGGUGCCAGCCCCCCAAAUCUGUGUGCUACCACACCAAGUCUGGGGGCCGGCACUCCUACCGGGACAUCUUGUAUGCCAGGUGACUUUGGAAGACAAGCUUUGUCACCUGCAGAGGCAGAGAAAAGGAGCAGCAAAAGGAAAAGCGACAGUUCAGAUUCCCAAGAUGGGAACUACAAGACUGAUGUGAGCAGCAAACCUAGAAAGGAGAGAACGGCAUUCACCAAAGAACAGAUUCGAGAGCUUGAAGCUGAAUUUGCUCAUCACAAUUAUUUGACAAGACUCAGACGAUAUGAAAUAGCUGUGAAUCUAGAUCUUACUGAAAGACAGGUAAAAGUUUGGUUUCAGAACAGAAGAAUGAAGUGGAAACGUGUUAAAGGUGGACAGCAAGGAGCAGUGGCUCGAGAAAAAGAACUUGUCAAUGUGAAAAAAGGGACCUUGCUUCCAACAGAUUUUUCAGGAAUGACUGGACUCCACCAUUCGGCAGAUUCUUUAGCUAAUGAAGAUAGCCGUGACAGUGAUCAGAGUUCUGAGCAUACUCACUUAUGACAUUUCAGAGGAGCCAACAUCAGUACUCAGGAAAGAAAUGAUACAUUGAAUGAACAUAUCUAAAUAAAUGAUUAGGUGAAAUUGUUAGCAAAAACAUUGUAAAAAUGAUUGAAAAGUGAGAGAUAAAAUCUAGUUAUUUCUAAAAUGAACUCUUUGACCACUCUUGCUUUGGGUAAGUGUCUCACAAAUAAAGAAUUAAAAUAAUGAACAUUCCAUAGUUUGUACCACCUGAUGACAAUGGGCAGGUUUGUGAUUUGACUUGCUGUGUUUAAACAUCAGUCUAAACUGCCUUACAUAUAUGCAGGAAUAUUAAAACAGAUACAGCAAUAUUUGUUCAGCUUAAAAGUAUUAAAUCUGUAAAUAAUUAUCAAUAUUUUCUUACCUUCAUUCUACCAAUCAUUUUCUGUUUUCAGUAUAGCAACUCUUACCACAAUAAACAUGCUAUGUUUCUGAU